CCAAUGCCUCUCUUCAAUCUCUUCAAAGGGAAACCGGCUGUCGAGAAGACCACGACAUCGUUCCUUCAAGAACGAGACCAGGCUGGUAUUCUAGUCACCGCCGAACUAGAGAAGGCACUAGCCGAUUGCAAGGCAAAAGUUGAACGUAUUGCAAGGGAAUGCAAGGCGAAGAAUCGAAAGUUCAGGGAUCACGAAUUUGAUCUGCAGAAUGACAGAUUCCGGUGCCUUCACGGACUUGCGAGCGAGGAAAGAUACAACCCCUCUGAUGUACUCCGCGUAACGCAGAUCUUCAGCAAUCCUCAGUUUUUCGUGGAUGGCGCAUCUUCCAAUGAUAUAGCUCAGGGAAAGAUUGGUGAUUGCUGGUUUGUUUCCGCAUUGGCGACGAUGUGCACGUCCCCAGGAUUAGUAGAAAAAUUCUGUGUUGCGAGAGACGAAAAGGUUGGGGUAUACGGAUUCAUCUUCUUCCGCGACAAUAAAUGGGUCGAUGUGGUCAUCGAUGACCUGCUUUAUACGUCCGUUCCAAAAUUUGAAGAACUGAGCCGCGACGAAAAGGAACUAUACCACAACGACAAGGCGCUCUACAACAGAUCUUCACGCAAGGGGAGCGCUACCCUUUAUUUCGCCAGACCUGGGUUGCCGUUGAUCGAGAAGGCAUACGCAAAACUCCAUGGAAGUUAUAGCGCCUUGAGCGGUGGGUUGGCCUGCGAGGCCGUUGAAGACCUCACGGGCGGUGUAACGUGUUUCAUUCCCUCAAAUGACAUCCUUGAUCCAGAUCUAUUUUGGACAGAAGAGCUGCUCAAGGCCAAUCACGAGCGUCUCUUUGGAGUCUCAUUCAGUGAACUUGACUCUACUCGUAGCGGGAGGCCUAAUAUCACAGUCAGCGGUUUGAUGGGCGGACACGCCUACUCCGUUCUCAGAGCAGUUGAAUGCAAAGGCAAACGUUUCGUUGUCGUCAGAAAUCCUUGGGGCUUUUCUGAAUGGACUGGUCCAUGGUCAGACGGCUCGAAACAAUGGACACCGGAAUGGCUUGAGAUACUUCCCCAACUUGGACAUUCCUUCGGAGACGACGGUCAAUUUGUUAUGGAGUAUACGGACUUCUUGGAAUGCUGGCAGGAGAUCGACAUGACCAUUUUGUUUGAUUCGCAGUGGGUCAUGUCCUCUCAGUGGCUUCAUGUAACAGCGCUUCCGCUUCCAUCAGCCUGGACGUACGGGGAUGUAUCAUUUACUAUCACGUUACCGGCUGCUACCAAGGCGAUAAUUGUCCUGUCCCAGUUAGACAACCGUUACUUCGAGCCUAUAUCGGGAUGCUGGUACUGGACCUUUGAUUUUGUGGUGUUCAAAAAGGGAGAUAAAGAUGUUAUUGCGCAAUCUUCAGCAUCUAGGAUCCUUGCACGGAGCGUAAAUGUUGAACUGGACUUGGAGGCGGGCUCGUAUGUUGUGCAUGUUCGUCUGGACCGUUCCAUAUAUCGGUCAUCGAUAUUUCCAGAAGACGUCCCUAUUUCGAAUCACCGUUCUCUUUCGAGGGUGCUCACUGAGCGCGCCAAGAGUCAAUCCAUUGCUAUGAGUAUUAUUUUCACCUUCCACGUUAUUCGACGGCUCAUGAACAUCGGUACUAGCUCGCAGGCUCAGAAUUUGCCCAUUCCUUUGGACAUUCUGGCUGGACAGGACUUGAAGGAAGAGAAAGCUGCUGCGGAAAUGAAGGUCGCCGAAGAAAAGAUGGCCGAGGAAGAAGCCAGAAGGAAGAUUGGGAUUUUACCAAAAGAAAUCACUGACAAGAAAGACACAUCGGAUAGCGCUAGCCUCGAAGAGGAAAAGACGGCCGAGAAAAUUCAUGAAGACAAAGACGAGCACGAAGGCGAGAAGAAAGCAAACGAGAAUGGUGUCGUCGAGGCGGCGGAAGCCUUCCCCACAGAUAACAAACAAAGGGCCGAUAUUGACAGGACUGAUGCUGUCUCCCAACGCUCCGAUGACGAUGACGAUAGCGUUGAUGAAAACACAAAAAUUGCCGCCAGAGACAUCCAACACAUGUCUGACACCGACUCGAUUUUCCUCGGCCUUCGAGUUUACACGUCCAAGGAUGCCCCCGCCGAAAUUUGCGGCCAGCUAAGGCAUGAGAUGGAGCUGUCUGCAUCUCUAGCUUUAUAAAUUUGUCUGCAUUACUAAUUCCAUCCAUCCAUGUACUUCAGUACCAUAUCAAUACCAGAAUGUCUCUCCAUCACCAGUCUUGAGGUUAUCUUAAGCUAUCAACGAG